AUGGCACCCUCCCCGCCGAAACGGAUCAGACGCAAGCGGGUCGAAGGGCUGUGUACACUGUGGGACUACCCGGCGCUGCUUCGGCUUUUGGACUCCCUCGACAUCAAAAGAUCCCACGCCGAGCCGCUCUUGCGGGCCCUCACUGCAAAGGUGGUUCAAGCCCCUGCUGGCGAAACCUGGGGCGACGUCGGAGUCACCGAGCAGACCCUCGUUGACUUGGGUCUGCCCAAGAGGGCGGCAGAGGUCCUUGACCGCAGCACGCCCUUCGGGAACAAACUGGCUACGGCUGUUACCUCUGCGGACGGCUCCACAACGAAGAUGGUUUUCGAGCUGCAUGACGGGCACAAGGUUGAAUCGGUUGUGAUGCGCCACGAUGACCGGACGACCAUUUGUGUGUCCUCGCAGGUUGGAUGUCAGAUGGGCUGCACCUUUUGUGCUACGGGUACUAUGCCAGUCGUGGGCGAUCUUGACGCCGGAGAAAUUGUUGAGCAGCUCCUGGCGGCCCAGCGCUUCGAAUCCUCGGCCAACCGCCCUGCCGUGCGCAAUGCGGUUUUCAUGGGCAUGGGCGAGCCGUUGAACAACUACGACUCUGUGCUGUCCGCUGUGAAGACUAUGACGGAUCUCGGCCAGCUUGGAAGCUUUGCUUUGCCACAGAGCCGGGUGACCAUCUCCACAGUAGGAGUGGUGCCUCGCAUGCGGCAGCUUGCGCGGGACCUCCCUGGGCUGAGCCUCGCCCUGUCGCUCCACGCGCCCACGCAGGAGCUCCGCCAGAAGAUCGUCCCCUCGGCGAAGAACGUUCCCAUGGAAGAGCUCUUGGCCGCCAUGGACCUGCACUUGGAGACGAAGACGGCACGUGCCAUGAUUGAGUACGUGCUCCUGGCCGACGUCAACGACACCGACGACUGCGCUAAGGAGUUGGGUCAGCUGUUGGCCCCUCGAGCCCGCAAGGUCAUGGUGAACCUCAUUCCCUACAAUCCUGGCGCCUCGUCCAUGCCGGACGGCUUCCGUGCGCCGCAGCAUCAGCGAGUGGAACGCUUUCAGCAAAUCCUCGCGAACUGCAGCAUCAUGACCCGAGUAAGACGGGAGAUGGGCCAAGAUAUCUCUGGGGCUUGUGGACAACUCGCUCUGACGGUUCGCCAAGAGGGGGGCAGCCCCACCGACUUGGAGGAUUUCGUCGCAUGGAGGCGGCGCCAGCCCCAAUCCGCCAAGAACGCGGUGCACGCCGAGUGUGCAGCCGUGGCUGCAGCAGUUACUUGUACUUCCCAGACUGCUGAGGUGCCGCAGUUGAUGAAACGCUGCGCACAGAUCACAUCGUGGCCAUGGUUCCAGUUUUCCCUGCUGGCAACAGCUGCAAUAACAGCGGCAACGACUCUUUGGCUCAGGCCCCACAUGCGGAUUCGCAUGAAGUGUAUGGGGUGA